CACCCCCGCCAUGUCUGCCUCCGCUCCUCCCGCCGGCGGCGCACACCCGCUGCGUCCCUACGCCACCGACGCCGGCGACCGCAACAUCUUCGUCGCCGCGCGUCCGGCACCCGCGGCUGUCUCCACAGCGUCGCGCAGCAGCAGCAGCAGCGGCGGCGCCGCACCCGUCGCUGUGCCGGCGCCGCGGCAGCAGAACCGCUAUGUGCGCCUCGACGACGACUACAGCGACCUCUCGGGCGCGCCGAGCUUCAGGGAUGCGCUCAAGGGCCUCGCGCUCGCCGGCGCGCUGCAGUACACGUCGACGGCCAUUGCCAUGCCCUUCGAGGUCGGCAAGCUGCUGCUGCAGAUCCAGUGGGUGCCGCGCGACGACGUCUGGAACGCAUACGCACAGAGCGUUGCCGCCGACGAGGCACAGCGCCGCGGCGUCAAGGGUGCACGCGCAGCCGGCACGCCCGCCGCAGCCAGCGGCCUGAGCAACGAGUGGGAGCUCGACGAGGAGGACACCGAGGAGGAGCGCAUGGAGAUGGGCGGCGAGCGCGAGCAGUGGCGCGAGGAGGAGGAGAGCCACCAGCAGCGCGACUUUGGCGGCGAGGAGGACGAGCUCUCGGACGAGGAGGAGGCCUCGGCCUACUUUGCCGACCUCGCCUCGACGUCGCAGCGGCCGCCGCUCGCGAGCGGCGCACGACGACCCACCGACGCCGCCGGCUAUGUCGUGCGCAAGUCGAUCCACGAGCGCGGCGGCGCCGCGCCGCGCCACGUGCUGCCCGUCGUGGUGCGCGGCGGCGUGUGGGAGAUGAUCAAGGCGGUGGCGCGCGGCAAGGAGGGCUACUGGGGCCUGUUCAAGGGCACCUUGACGACGUUCAUCUUCGACGUCGCCACGUCGACGAUCCAGCCGCUGCUGUCCCUCUCGCUCUCCUACCUCAUCCCGUCUGCCCUGACGCCGCUGCCGCUGCCGUACGCGCCAUACCCGCGGCGGACGUAUGCGCUGCUCGUCUCUUCGCAUCUUCUCACCGGCUUCAUCCUCUCGCCGCUGGACCUGAUCCGCACGCGUCUCGUCGCACAAAGCACGCUCACGCCGCACCGCAAGUACUCGGGGCCCUUUGAUGCGCUGCGCCAGAUCCUGCGCGACGAAGGCGGCUGGCGCACGAUCUACUUCCACCCGCACCUCCUCAUUCCCACGCUGCUCGACUUUACGCUGCGGCCCGCGCUCUCCAUCGGCGCGCCGCUGCUCAUCGAGCACACGCUGCGGCUCGACAACGUCGGCUCGCCCGUGGCAUAUGCGCUCGCCGACUUCAUGGUCAGCACGUUGGCGCUCGUCAUUACGCUGCCCAUCGAGACGGUGCGACGGCGUCUGCAGAUCCAGCCGCGCGCGCCGUGGGGCGCCGAGCCGCCGGAGCCCGUCGGUGCGCGUCCGCUGCCGCAGGGCAGCGUCGCCUCCGUCGGCCUGGCAGCCAAGCCAUUCAAGGCGCUGCGCACGUGCGUCGAGACGCGCCCACGGCCAUACCUGGGCGUCAGCGAGGCCAUCUACCGCAUCUUGGUGGAAGAGACGUCCUUUUCGCCUGUGCCUCGGCAGCAUUCGCGCGAGGCCUCGACGGACAGCUCGUCCGGCGAUGUGCUGGCCCGCAGCGCCGUGCUGGCGAAGCAUGGCAACUCGAGCCUCGGCGGCCUGCGCAGCCUGUACCGCGGCUUCACCAUGGGCCUCGGCGCCAAUGCCGUCGUCUUUGCCCUCACGCUCGUCAGCCGGGAACGCAAUCCUUCGUCGGCCGGUUGGGCGGAGAUCUAAGACGCUGCGGCGGCAGCAGCUGUGUAAUCGCGCAAUUUGUGCGGCUUGUCUCGUCUGUACUCCACCGUCAAAUAUACCACCUCUCUUCUCGCC